AUGACUAUCACCUACACAAACAAAGUAGCCAACGCCCGCCUGGGCUCGUUCUCGUCCCUCCUCCUGUGCUGGCGAGGCAGCAUCUACAAGCUGCUGUAUGGGGAAUUCCUUGUCUUCAUUUUCCUCUACUAUUCCAUCCGUGGACUCUACAGAAUGGUUCUCUCGAAUGAUCAGCAGCUGUUGUUUGAGAAGCUGGCUCUGUACUGCGACAGCUACAUUCAGCUCAUCCCUAUAUCCUUCGUUCUGGGUUUCUAUGUUACAUUGGUGGUGAGCCGCUGGUGGAGCCAGUACGAGAACUUGCCGUGGCCCGACCGCCUCAUGAUCCAGGUGUCUAGCUUCGUGGAGGGCAAGGAUGAGGAAGGCCGGUUGCUGCGGCGCACGCUCAUCCGCUACGCCAUCCUGGGCCAAGUGCUCAUCCUGCGCAGCAUCAGCACCUCGGUCUACAAGCGCUUUCCCACUCUUCACCACCUGGUGCUAGCAGGCUUUAUGACCCAUGGGGAACAUAAGCAGUUACAGAAGUUGGGCCUACCACACAACACAUUCUGGGUGCCCUGGGUGUGGUUUGCCAACCUGUCAAUGAAGGCUUAUCUUGGAGGUCGAAUCCGGGACACCGUCCUGCUUCAGAGCCUGAUGAAUGAGGUGUGCACCUUGCGUACUCAGUGUGGACAGCUGUAUGCCUACGACUGGAUAAGUAUCCCAUUGGUGUACACACAGGUAAGAACUGUGGGAAAGCCGGGCGUGGUGGUGGCAGAACAGCUCAUCAACCCCUUCGGGGAGGAUGAUGAUGAUUUUGAGACCAACUGGAUCAUUGACAGAAACCUGCAGGUGUCCCUGUUGUCCGUGGACGGGAUGCACCAGAACUUGCCUCCCAUGGAGCGCGACAUGUACUGGAAUGAGGCAGCACCUCAGCCACCCUACACAGCUGCUUCCGCCAGGUCUCGUCGACAUUCCUUCAUGGGCUCCACCUUCAACAUCAGCCUGAAGAAAGAAGACUUAGAGCUUUGGCCAAAUGAGGGGGAUGACAUGGAUAAGAGAGAGACUGGUUGUGGCAACACCACUGGAUGCUUCUUAGGACUGCAACCCCAAAACUACCAUCCUCCCUGGAAAGACUUAAAGACCAAACUACUGUGUUCUAAGAACCCCUUCCUUGAAGACCAGUGUAAGGAUGCCAACCAGAAAAGCCAGAAAGAUAUCUGUAAACUUAAGGGUCUGGACUUCUUCAAAGGUGUUCCAGGGUUUAAAAGGAUAGGCUCCCAUCGUGGCCCACAGGCACCCGGCAGCCACACUCCUGAGCAGUCAGCACCUUCCAGCUCAGACACAGGUGAUGGGCCUUCCACAGAGUACCAAGAAAUCUGUCACAUGAAAAAGAAAACUGUGGAGUUUAACUUGAACAUUCCAGAGACAGAGAGUUCCACAGAACAUCUUCAGCAACACCGCUUGGACCAGCUGUCAACCAAUAUACAGGCUCUAAUGAAGGAACAUGCAGAGCCCUAUCCCUACAGGGAUGAAGCUGACAUCAAACCUGUUCUCUAUGAGUGA